UGGUUAACCAACUUCAGGACUUAACGUCACACCGUGAAACUCUAAGGACCUCCUGGCAACGGGAGAAGACAUUACGUUCUUGGUUUUGAGUGUUGAUUGACAAUCAAUAACGAGAAUGGACGACAAGGAGCCCUUGUCAGCUCUCUCUGGUGAAGAUACCUUGUACCAAACCGCCAAACCGGGUAGUUUGUCUGAGAUAGUCCAAAAGUGCAGGCCUACUGGUGAUUACUACAACAUGCAAGAAAGCACUAUUGAGGAAUUGUUUGGUGUUUAUGUCUACAACAAGCAAGAAAGCAAUAUUGAGGAAUUGUUUGGUGUUUAUGUCUACAACAUGCAAGAAAGCAAUAUUGAGGAAUUGUUUAGUGUUUAUGAGGACAUAUCUUUAUUUCAUUACAAGAAAAAGGAAACUGAGAAAGAACAAAUUUUUAGUCCUUUUAGCUAUAAAUGGCUUACCAUGAAUACGAUGUCGGAGAAAAAGGAAACUGAGAUAGUACACAUUUUAUAUAACCGGAUUACGAAAUCGUUGGAUUUGCUUCUCAAACCAGAGAAUCUCUAUGCAGAUACGAAUCCAAGAAUGAAAAUGAAAUCUAAUAAAAUGGAGCUGCACACGGAUUUUCUUUCUCGUAUGAUGCUCGGGGAUCGAAUGCCUUCGAAUAUUUCGGUGGCUAAUAAUGAUGACCAACUACCUGAACUUCAAGACCAAGCUCCUCCAGCAAAUGUGCGCUCUUUCUUAAACAAGAAAAAUAUCACAGAAACAUCGAAGCAUAAAAUCAACUUGGAUAUUGACAAGGAGUUACCUACACAUCGUUUCGUUACACCAUUCCGCAGCCAACGAAAUGAGCUGCGGUCAUUUGUGCCAGUGUCAGCUUAGCUGGCCUCAGGACACUUUGGGCUUUAAAAGAGACCCUAUAAACAGCGAAAAAGCCUGGCUUGAUUUCGCUGUUCGACUUUUGUCCCGAGAGGUGGUGGGAAAGGGCAAAGGUCAAGAAACUGUUUGGAAUGAUAAAUGCAAACCUGAUUGGUGGGAUGGGACUGUGGGCGUGUCUUGGAAGAACCCAACCUCAAAUCCCAAAGACACUAAAGAUGUUUUACAAAAGAAAUACUUGGCCCUUGAAAAACAUUUAGUUGCUACUGGCAGGUUCCCAAAAGAGCUUGAAGAGGAAGCCAAACUUUGGAGUGCUCGGAAAAUGCAGGAACUGUAUCUGCACACAAAAUUGACCAGUUUUGUUUGCAAAGUCACCAGCUUGCAUAGCUUUGUUAUUAGUAUUAGUGAAAAUGUGAAAGAAUUGAACUCUCAUGUUAAUAUCUUGUUGGUUGACUGCAUUACCAAGUGCUUAAAAUCCACUUUAACUGCUAUUGAAAAUUUGAAAGUUACAGAAUCAGUCGGAGUCAAACGACACUAUAGUGAUAUAGCGGACGAUAACCCAGUUCCAUCAAAAGCAAGCAAAUCAGAGUUAUCUUAUCACGCGUUCAGUCACAAAGCAAUGCAAAAGCAGAAUUCUAGAGAUAUUGGCGUCGAUAAUAUACCACAUUUAUUUCCUAAUACAACUAUCUCAACCGAGGGAAAUGAUAAUGUUAGUGUUUCAAACAAUAUAAUCCGAGAUUGUGUAGAUAUGAGAAUGUCAUCUAGAGAAGUUCCAGACAUUCAAAACGAUAGUCAUGCCAUUCCUUCUGUAAACACCCUUAACCUUGACCCUGAAGUAGCGAACAACAAAGUGACUACUGAUGGUAUUCACAUGACAACAACUGUCUCAGAAGAGGAAUGUGUCUUAAACAUCUCUUCGAAUAAGUCUGUGCUUCCUAUAACUAGAGCCUCAAAUUUUCAUUCUGGCAUAUCUCUCUCCUCUGAUCUAAAGGAAUUCGGUUCCCUCCCACGAUUUAUCUCCUCAGCUUAUGUAGCCCCAUCUAGAGUUGACAACACUUCUCCCAUGAUUCCACCGAGAAGUGAAUUUAUUCCCAUAAGGCAAUCGUCGUCUGCUUCUCUCGAUUCUUCAGAUUCUAAAAAUAGCUCUCUGUCGUUAGAUGGCGAUCUUUGUCCAGAGUACUUUGAUUGCACACCUAAUUGUCUUUCUACUGAUUGCAAUCUUAACCCUAGUUCCUUACUAAACAGUUUAAGUGCUAAACUCACUAAUUUCACAGAAAUUGAUUCAUCUCCAGAUUCUAAGCCUAAUUCUAUAUUUGAUGACUCGACUGUAAAUGAUCGCAGUUCAAAUAUUAACUCGCCCCUUAACGUUACAAGAUCUGAUUCAAUUGUUCACGAGCAUUCUAUGUUUUCUACUGAUCACACUAACUCUAAUGAAACGGACAUAACUACAAGUCUCGUAGAUGUUGGUGUUAAUUUUCCAUGGAGUCGAUUCGACAAAACCGCAGACCUGACCAAUCAAAUGAGCCAGUACGUGGCGAACAUAGACGUGAGUAUUUUAUGUAAAAAGGACGAGUCCAAACUUUUACAACAAUACUUGCUAGAUGAUAAUGACGAUUUAUCAGUCUUCUAUACUAGCUAGACAUCUUGAGUUUGUCAUGUCUUCUAUACUAGUUAGACAUCUUGAUUUUGUUUUGUCUUCUAUACUAGCUAGACAUCUUGAUUUUGUUUUGUCUUCUAUACUAGCUAGACAUCUUGAUUUUGUUUUGUCUUCUAUACUAGCUAGACAUCUUGAUUUUGUUUUGUCUUCUAUCUUUUGAACUUCAAGUAAGGUUCCUCUUCUGUUGUUCACAUCGUGUUGACUGAGUGUCAAGUGUUUUUCACAUCUACACAUUUUCUCUUAACUCUUUCUCUCCGUUAUUAUUUAACACGUUCUGGUGGAAUCAACGCUGGUAUCGUCAGUUAGGAGACAAAGAGUUAAGACUGUCUCACUCUCUUCCUUUAGUAAUUAAGCCUUGUAUUCAGAGGCAUUUAAAACUCGUAUUGCUUCCAUCUUGUUUUCGAAGACGCUUUUUUUUUCUUCAAACUUUUUAUUCGUGUUAGUGGUAGACUAAUCGCAUCAGUAUGAUGUUUACUUUUAUAAGGUUAGUGUGCUAUAAUAAUCCUUCUUUAAUUAAUAACAUGAUCUAUUAUUGAUUCUAACUUGAACUGUUUUAGGGAAUCUCUGUGGUAUUUUAAAAAUAUUAGAGUAAUUUAAGCAUCAUUUCCAACUGUUUUCUUUAGUCAUACGACACGUGCAAAACAUUUCAGUAUUUUGUAGGCCUACCUAUCAAAACAGAAUUUGACAAAAAAGUUGAUUAAAAUCUGUGGCAUAGCUAUUGUGGGGGGUCAGGGGAAGAGGAUUUUAAAAUCCCCUCGGGCCCCCACUUGAGUGUUCGAAUUUUUUUUACAUUAGAUAUUAAAUAUUACAUCAUUAUUUCAUGUUAUAUCGAAUGUCAAAAUGAUGAGGCCCCUAAAGAGAUGAAACCCCGGGCCCUUAAAUAUUUUAUUUCAAAAUUUCAUUAGACAGUCUAGAAAUUAAAAGAAUAUUAGAGCCAGCAAUUUAAAAUAUACACACAAAAAAAUACAUUUUUCCUAUUUAAAACAUGAUCAAAGAUAGAUAACCCAGAAAAUCAAAAGCUUACAAGUUUGACUAUUCUGGCGAUUGUAACCUGAUAAGUGGGUAACUGAAGAGCUGGAUAGCACUUUGGCCAUCGUUGCUUUGAAAAUCUGGCCAACUAAAUAUGUUUUGAAAAUAUUUUUUUUUCCUGAAGAUAUGAUUAUAUCUAGGCGCGAAAGUAUCUUAUGAAUACAAAUCGGAUAUGUUCCUCCCAGUUACUGUAAGUAGAUCUAGCAGGUUUGCAAAGCAAGUUUUUUUGUUUUUUUAAAUUUUUCACUAUAACAUUUUUUGUGUGUUUGUAACAUUUAAGUUACACAAGCUUUUGUUGCGGUUUUUAAAUUUAAACUGCUUUUUAUUUUUAGAUUUGGUUGACAAGCUUUUUAUAAUCUGUGUGCGCCAGGAUAUAUUCAUGUGUAUAACCAUUUUUGUAUCAGUGGCGUAGCAACCCUAAUCCUGAACCAUGACUUAUAAGACUGGGGGUGGUCGUUUAUCACUUUGAAGAAUGCCUAUAACGAUUAAGUAUCACGACACUGACUUGUAAGAUAUUUUUACUUAACAGACUGUAGUCAAUGUGCUGAUAAAUACAGGGAAAAUGUUUACUAGGGUGUCAUGUUGCCAGCACAACGUAAGGUAAGGUACCCAUUAGUGGUGUGCGGACACGGGUACGCCCUAAAAAAUCACGAAUCAAAUCACAAUAUACAGGAUGACAUGCUUAUUUUUUCACACUUACACUUAUAGUUUUUUGGGGAGGGGGAUGGGGGGGGGCAUCAUCAUAUUCUUGUACCCGGGUCUACAGGUUCUUUGCGCUGCCACUGUUCUUUAUAGAUGUUGGUUCCUGUUACAGUUGUCAAAUUGUUAUACCAGGGGAAAUACAAAAUAAUCAGAAGUAAAUAAAAUAUAUUUUUUUUUACUUCUCUUUAAGCUUCAUGCUAUUAAGAAUCUGUUUAUUUUUAUUACAGAGCUUUAAAAGGAGCAUAUUUUGAUUUUGACUAAUUAAAUUGAUAUAUUGUUUUUAAAAACUAGAUCUACAUUAUGACAAUAUUUUGAUCAAUUGAAUGAUUUUGUUUGAAGUUUGACUAUUUUCUGUACAUUGUAGGUAUUUGUUUUUGGUUAUAAUUACUAUUACUGUUAUUAAUUGGCUUUGAUUCUUUAAUUUUAGAUGUUGACACAUUGUAUUUUAUGACACACUGUAUUUCAUGAUAACUAGACUAUGUGACUCACACAUUGCAUUUACGUAACUUUCAUUACUACAUGACAAUAAAAGGUCUAUUAAAAAUCUU